AGAAGGUGUUCAGCCGUCUGCUUAUCUGUCUCACACAGCUUUGUGGCCCUCAUGUCCCGAAGUCCCGAUGGCAGCAGUGUGGAUGACAAGACCUUUCUCCUAGAGUACCGAUGUCACCCUGUGCGGCCGGAGCCUCCCAGUCCGACCUCCUUCCCUGGAAAAUGCAGCUCUGCCGUGGCACCCGAUGCCACCUCGCUUUCGCCAAUGGGCUCUCCCACCUCGGCGGAGCCUCGCCGCAUCGUCCUCAGCACGGACAGCCCGGCUGCGCUGAAGUUGGGAACACAGCAGCUGAUCCCCAAAAGCUUGGCUGUCUCCACCAAGACGAAGAACACCCCCUUCCGGCACCAGAGCUUUGGGGCAGCUGGGUCAAGACGGGAACCUCUGAGUCCUGACCCAAAACGGGCAUCCAUUCCCAGCUUCUCCGUGGAGGUGGAGGAUGACGAUGGGGGGACCCUCAAGCGCAACCUGAGGAACAUGUCUUACCGUGCUGCCAUGAAGGGUGUGGACAUGGACUUGGAGCCGGCAAGCACCAUCCCCUCCCUGAAACCCGUGUCAGAGGAUGGCAGUGCCCUACCUGCCCGCAGCCCUGGCAGGAACAAGAGAAACUUUGGGCGGAGGCGGGUGCAGAAGCGUGGUGGCUCAUUCAAGGACCAGCCCCGGUUGUACCAGGAAAUCCGUGAGAGAGGGCUGAACUCCAUCAGCCAUGAGUCAGAUGAGGAUUUGCUGGAGGAAUCCAUCCCAGAAGAGCCGUCCCCUCUGGAUUCCACUAUUGUGGUGCAGAGCUAUCGCCUGGCGCAGGUGACCUGGAGCCAGCUUCCAGAGGUGCUGGAAGCAGGCAUCCUGCAAAAGAUCUGCCCUGAAGAGCGCAAAAGGCAAGAGGCAAUGUUUGAGAUCAUCACCUCUGAGUACUCCUACCUGCACAGCCUGAGCGUCCUGGUGUGCCACUUCAUGAGGUCAGAGGAGCUGAAGGAGACCAUGACUCAGACGGAGCACCACCACCUCUUCUCCAACAUCAGUGACAUCCUGAUGGUCAGCACCAGGUUCUUUGAAGACCUAGAGAAGCGCCACCAGGAGAAUGUCCUAAUUCCUGACAUCAGUGACAUAGUGGAGGAGCACGCCUCCAAUCACUUCAGCCCCUACGUCAGCUACUGCUCCAACGAAGUCUACCAACAGAGGACCCUUCAGAAGCUGCUAACCACAAACCCCUUAUUUAAAGAGACCUUGAAACAAAUUGAAAGGAAACCAGAAUGUGGAGGCCUGCCAAUGAUUUCAUUUCUCAUUCUCCCUAUGCAGAGAGUAACACGGCUUCCUCUGCUGUUGGAUACUGUCUGUCAAAAAACAAAAGCAUGCACUGCAGCGUACGGAGCUGCCACCAGAGCACUGAAAGCCAUCAGCAAGCUGGUCAAGAACUGCAAUGAGGGAGCCCGUGCCAUGGAGAGGACAGAGCAGAUGUACACCCUGCAGAAACAGCUGGAAUUCGGAAAGAAGAAGCCUUUCCCACUGAUCUCCGCUUCCCGCUGGCUGCUGAAGCGGGGGGAGCUGUACCUGCUGCUGUCAGAAGAGGCUGGCAUCUUCCGUCGAGGCGCCGGCAGGCUCUGCUACCUCUUCUUGUUCAACGACGUCCUGAUCAUAACCAAGAAGAAGAGUGAGGAGAGCUACACUGUCAUGAACUACGCCACGCUGGACCAGAUCACAGUGGAGAAGAUUGAGAACACGGACCCGCCCUCCCCUCCUCCCAACAGGAGAGAUGGCAUAACCCGUGGUGUGGCCGGCGGGCACCUGCUCCGAGUGGUGAUGGAGAAGGACAGCGAGGGCCGGCGGGAGGAGAUCGUGCUGUCAGCAGAAACACUGAGUGACCGGGCCCGCUGGAUUGCUGCGCUGAUGCACAGAGGGAAGGAGAAACCUGAUGCCACUCCUAAAGGAGAUCUGAGCCAAGUGGAGCUAACCCAUGCAUACUUGGCAAAACAGGCGGAUGAGAUCUCCCUGCAACAGGCUGAUGUUGUCCUGGUGUUGGGUGGAGAAGAUGGCUGGUGCUGGGGUGAGCGGCUGAGGGACGGGGAGAGGGGGUGGUUUCCCCAGUCCUGCGCUCGGCAGAUCACCAGCCGCACGGCGGUGGAGUGCAAUGUCCGACGGAUGGAACGGCUACGGAUAGAGACGGACGUUUAGGCUCACAGGCAAGGAGAGAUGCUGCUGUCAAGACAUUUCAAGGAGUCUUCAAACUCUCUGCAGACAGAGCAAGACAGGAGUGGGAGAUCCUUUCUUCUUGAAUUUGGUUUGUCUGGAGCAGUCACAGGUGGCAGAUCCUGUUAUUCAGGACUGGGCUUUGGAGUGGCUAAUUAAUGUGAGACCCAGCAUCUGCAUGCUCCUGGCCAUGUUAAUGACUUGGAGAAGGGCUUGAGGACAUAGCCAAGGUGUUGGCUUCAGUUGAAAAGGCUGUGGCUGCAUCCUGAGCUCUGUGAAGUGUCUCCUGCUGCCACAUCUUCACUUGCUCGGGAAGACCGAACACGCUGUGACCUCAGCAGGGUGCAGUGAUACUGACUCUUGCCCAGAUGGCAGAGGGGGUGCAGUCUGCCAACAUUUCGUUACAGGGUUGUUACCUAAUUGACGCAAAAAAAAUACCGUUGAGGAAGAAAUAGCGAAAAAAUUGCAAAGUUACAUACAGAUGAAAAUAAAUUCCGUCAGGACCAGUAGAUGACUCAUUUAUUAUUUUCAUGAUGUUGUUGAAGACUUGGACAGGUCCAUCAGUGCCAUUUAGGCACAUGGAUGGCAUCCUGCUCAUCCCUGGUGACUGAUCACACUGCGCAUAACUUUAAUUACACAAUUUUGGACAUUCCCUACCGCCGUAAAUAUUAUUUUUUUACAGGGAUGUUACCCAAUUAACGCAAAAAAACAUCCGUUGAAUGAAGAACUAAGGUAAGAAUUAGCAAAAAAAUUGCAAAGUUACAUACAGAUGGAAAUAAACUUGGAAAGGUCCGCUUAGGCAUGUGGACGGCAUCCUCCCAAUCACACGGCGCAUAACUGUAAUUAUGCAAUUUUGGGCCUUCACUACCGCCAUAAACAUUAUUUCUUUACAUGUAUGUUGCCCAAUUAACACAAAAA